UUGCGUUAAGCUUAAGCCAGUUCGACGACUAAUCUCGCGUUGUCCCAAGUAAUUUUGAUUGUGCCUCAAAAGGCCUAACUAUGAGAAGAAUCUGGCAAAGAGUUUCAAAUCUGUAUUGUGUGCAGAAUGAGCGUAUGCUCCGGAUCAGAGUUUCCGGACCUCGGAGUACAUCAACUCCUACUACUACCACUACUAGUACUAGAUGCUACUCUACUAAGGGGAAAGAGGAUGAAACCAAUGCCAAGACUUCAUCACCUCCUCAGGAUAAACCCUCAGCUGCCAAGGAUCUCCUUAGUACUCUAACGGGCCUGAAGGUUGAGAAGAAUUUGUCUUCCAAGGUUGGGAGUUCACCGAGGUUGAGGUCAGCAGCAGCUGACUUCCGUGACCUGCUAAGUGCGAAAAAGACUAAAAGUGAGGGUGGUUCAGACCUUGGUAGCAAGAGACCAGAAGAUAUUACGAGGAUGGUGGUAGAGACAGCCAAGGUGGUUGCUGAGAUCUUCCCAGAGAAGGAGGUGGUGGAGUCAGACUUGCUGAAACAGUUGCGGAAACACGACGAAGCAACGGCAGCAGGCAAGCAGGGAGACCUGGAGGCAGUCAGUUCCAUUCUGUCUGGCAUCAAGAUUGAAAAACAAACUGCCGGCCAGAAAGAGCGGGAUCAGACAAGGUCUCUUGAUGAACGAGCACUAGCAGGUGCUUUUGGGAGCGGUUUUGAAGUUGGAGGGGAAACAGGUCAUGAAGAUCGAAGAGGGCAUGGCCACAAACAAAAGCAGACAGUUAGAAGACAGCAAAGGAAAACCCUGUUUGACAGAAGUAGAUUGAACAUAUUUGACCCAGCAGCAGAUGACGCUUCAGAAGCACAUGAAUUAUCACCCAAAGAGCCUACUGUACCAUCUCUUUGGGACAAGGAGGAAGACAAACAGUUGAGACAGCUCACGUAUUCCACAAUCAACCAUGGCUUUGAUGAAUUGAUCAAAUGGACGGAUGAAGGCAAAAUAUGGCACUAUCCAGUGGACAACGAGCAAGGUCUUGAGGAGGAGCAAGAGGUCCCUUUCCAUGAACACAUCUUCUUUGACCACCUUCUUGAAGACCUGCCUCAGAUUGAACCUAUCCAGAACUUCAUGGAGCUGGUCUGUGUGGGACUUGGUCAGAACCCGUACUUGACCGUCCAGCAGAAGCAUGACCACAUCCUGUGGUUCAAGACGUACUUCAAGGAGCGAGAGGAUGUGAUCAGAGAGGCAAUGGAGGCAGAUCGGGCGGCUGAGGCCAGGGAAACGGCCACAUAAUACCCACUCCACCAACUCUGUCCAUGCAGAUUCCCUUAGGUGUGCGUACCAUCACCUGCUGACCAGAAAUGAGUGUAUUUUCUUAAGAAUCACUGCAUGUGCCGUUGGAGUUCAGCUUUUCUGAUAUCAAAGCUCGAAGACUUUGCCUGUGGGACACUAGAUUUGUUGAAUUUGCUGAAGAGUCCAGGGCAUAAAGUUAUUAGCUGGCAGUGAGACUGGAUACAUUCAGUGUCUGUACUUGUUUCAUCAUUUGCUACUUAAAGGAAUAUGUUUUCAAGUUUGAUCUAGAGUGUCAAAUUACAAUGUAUGUUGUAAUAAUAAAACGAGAUUGUCCUGUUCGUGAAAGGUUA